AGAAAUUAUUACAUGUCCAUCAUUUUCUGACUGCUCAUAUUGUGAUUUUUUGAAGGCAGGAAAUCUUAACAUGGUAGGUACAUAUGUUUUUUUUUCAUUUUUCCCUCUUUAAAUAUGAUACAUAUAUGUAAGGAUUUUUGUCUUAUUCUCAUGGGAAUGAAAAUGUUUAUGUUGUUAUGUGCUAUUCUCUUUUUUUCAUGAAUAUCAUUUUGCUUUGAAUAUGAAACAUAGUGUUAAAGUAGCAAGAUGGGUCACUAAUUAAAUUUGCAUCAAUCUUUACCCAGUGGUUCAAUCCUUUGAAUUCAUGCUCAGGAGUAUAAAUUGAAUGUUGUCAUCCUUCACUAGUGUUUGACACCAUUUCUUAUUAUGUUGCACCUGGCAGCUGAAAUGCAUCUAAUGAUUAAAAAGUUGCUUUGGUGGUUACAGGUGUAAUGACCAAUAUAGGAUGCAACUGCUCGCUCUAAUGCAAGGUUCUGUAUUUGUGACCCUCCAUAUGAAUUUGGGAGAAGGGCGAUAGCAAGCUCACAACAUGCUUCUACUUAAAAAUAUUUGUGGUUAUAAUUAUCAACUUCCUGAUUAGCAAAAACAAAGUUGGAACAUGUGGCUGUGAAUGAGUUGCAUUAGGAUUUAAAGCAGACACUUCAAUUACUUUUUUUUCAUGUGGAGGUUACUUUUGAUGAUGUUUGUAGCAUGUUAAAGCACAAAAUCUUACUCAAUGCUGGACAAAUUGUGACGAUUGUGUAAACAAUUCAACAUGUUCUAGAUAUUCAUAAAUCACCAUUACAUAUAGCUGUCAACAGCCAAAAUGUUUGUGUAAAAGUAUAUUUCAUUGGAUGGCCAGAGGGAUUUUUAGGGGAUGGUAAAAAUAAUGAAAACCAUCAUGUCCCAUACCAUUUUACAACUGCUUAAAUGAUGAAAUUUAAAAUAUUUCAUAUCUAGCCCAAUCAUGGAUUUUUGGAAUAAGGAGACCCUAGAUUGUUUAAAAUAUAGUAAUCUGGACGUUGACUUUGUGGAAAAUGGCUAAGAGAGGCUGUUUAUUUUUUUCCAAUGAAAAUAGCUGGCAUGCUGAAAGGUUUAAAAUGAUUUCAGUAGGACACAUGUAUUCCUUAAGUCUCACCAGAGGAACAAAACUAACAGAACUCAACACAAAGAAGAAGUUGUGGAUAAGACUUUUUCUAAAAUGGAUGUACUUCAUAAAUAAGAGCAAGUAACAUUAUUUUGGUAUGUCCAUAACAAAAACAGUGUUUUGUUUCGUUUUCUCUGAAAUUAAAAACCAGUUUUUUUUUUUUGUCAGCUUGACUCCUUGUUUACUUUUUUAGGGGCCUAAACUUGAGUGUUGUAAAGUAUCAAAAUCAUGGAAAAAUACAAGAAAAAAGUAAAUCUAUACUUAAUGUUAUGGACAUUACGUUACAGACAUUACAUUAUGGACAUCACAUCUUACAUUAUAUUAUGGACAAUGACUUUCAUAAUGGCAAUAAUCUUUUGGGAGAAAUAAAUGCUACAUGCAUACCAAUUUUGUUCAAAUUUAUCACAACCAAGUUUGCAGUGUUUUUAACUAAACACUAAUAACAAUAACUAUAACAAUAACUGUACAUUAGCAGUAGCAACACAAUGCUGACAUGAGGAGUAUAAAUUUUCAAAUAUUUUGAGUCUGAGUGUGAAUUAAGUUUACUGAAAAACAUAUUGUAUUUAGAGUCAGUACCUUCUGUAUCUGAAGAUAAUAAAUUGAAAUAUAACAUGCAAUGUUUCAGAAAUUUAGCUUAGAACAAGUAAUACUUCAACUUUCAAAGGCCAUUGUACUAAUACUAUAGAGAAAAUUGUUAAUUCAUACAGUUCAGUGCAGUGUAACUUUCCAAAAUUAAGUAUCAACUGGCUUAUUAAGAGUCAAUGAAUAGUACUCUUACAAAAAGUUCAGAACAAUCCAAGUUUAGUAAUUAAAGCAGUGUUUAACUACUGCAAUCUGCAGUUAGUUUGAUUAUUUAUUUGCAAACAUUUUCUUUUUGAAGAUAUUUAAAAAGCCUCUCAAUAUAUGAAAGACUUGGAACAUUGAAACAUCUAGUGCCUUUCAGCUCUUUAGAGCCAUAGAAGACUCUUCUCCAGUUGACAAUAUCAGUAUUGCUUCUCAGAGGCCAGUUAAAUGUUUCCACAACUCGGUGAAGAAAUUUGAUUUCAACCUCAUCAUCAGUAACCCUAAGGGCUCUUCCAAUGUAAAACUUGGUGUCACACGAGAGAUCUGCCUUGUGUCUCAGUAAACAAGAACCAGAAGACAGCAGAAACAUUAUUUAGAGCACAUGCUCAAUUAUACUGAAUUGUAAAGAGCAAUUGCUCUUAAUGGGAUAGUAAGAGUUAAUAAUUUAUUUGCUGGGAUUAAUUGUGUCCUGUUUGCAUAUGUUUAGAAUUCUACAUGCUCUCAUUUCUUUUAUAUCCAUGCGAGUAUUAAUUAUUUUGCCUGGUAAAGUUAUGUCAAGAACUAUGCAUUAUAUCAAUUACCUAUUUAAUUAUGUUGUGAUCGAUGGUUGUGAUUAUGUUUGGCUACAAACAAGUGGAAAUACUCUUAGAAAAUGUUGCCGAAAUUCUGGUGGUCCUUCUGAUUUACUGCUGGUUUAAUUACUGAGUACAGCUGGGUUUGUGAAGUGCUUCAACUGUAGGUUGACUUAUGAAUAUUAACAUUUAAGAGACUCAAUUUUGGGUCACUGGUUAAGACUUAUUAAUUCGUAUAAAAUCAAAAUUUAAGUGCCCUCCUAAAACAGGAAUAUGGAAGAUCUUAUGCAGAGAUCUGGUUCCAUCCUUGACAAAGUACAUAUGGAUUAGAAAUUAUCACCCUAUGCUUGCAUUAGUACAUGCAUGCAAAGUGUCUAUCAUAGGUUUUGCCAAGUUAAACCUAACUUAAGUCCUUCAAGGUACCCUUUGGUAAUUAGUGGCUACCAUGUUGAUUUUGCAUAAACUAUUUUUUCAUGUGGAGAGGUUACUUUUGAUAGUAGUAUGAAUGUGGAAGCACAAAUUCUAACCCAGUGCUGGCUGAAUCACAAAGAUCAUGUAAACAAUCCAAAAUGUUCAAGAUAUUCAUAAAUUGCUAUUACAUAUAGCCAUUGACGGCCAAAACAUUUGUGUAAAAGUAUAUUUCAUCAGAUGGUAAGAGCAAUUUUUACAAGAUGGUAAAAAUAACCAAAACUAUCAUGAACUAUUCUAUUUUACAAAUGCCUAAAUAGUGAAAUUUAAAAUAUUUCAUAUCUAGCCCAAUCAUAAAUUUUUGGGAUAAGGAGACCCUAAAUUGUUUAAAAAUAGUAAUCUGGAAGAUGACUUUAUGGAAAUGGCCAAGAGAGGCUGUUUAUUUUUGUCCAAUGAAAAGUGUUUGAAAAUAGCUGGCACACUGAAAGGUUUAAAGUGAUUUAAGUAAGACACAUGUAUUCAUCAAAUCUCUCCAGAGGAACAAAAUUAAGAGAACUCAACACAAAGAAGAACUUGCAGGUAGAAUUUUUUCCAAAAUGGGUGUACUUUGUAAAUGAGAGCAAGUAACAUUAUUUUGUUAUGGACAUUACAUAAUGUCCGUAACAAAAACAGUCCUUUUUUUGUUUUCUCUGAAAUUGAAAUUGGUCUGCUUGGCUCCUUUUUUACUUUCUAUAGGGGCCUAAACUUGAGUGUUGUAAAUUACCAAAAUCCUGGAAAACACAAGGAAAAAUAAAGUCCACUUUAUGUUAUGAUAAUUAUGUUACACACAUUACAUUACGGAGAUCACAUUAUAGACAUUAUCUUAUGGACAUUAUGACUGCAUGACUUUAAUUAUGGUAAUUCUCUUUAGAGAAAUAAAUGCUACAUGCAUACCAAUUUUGUUCAAAUUUAUCACAUCCAAGUUUCCAGUGCUUUUAACUAAACACCAUUAACAAUAACCAUAACAACAACUGUGCAUUGAUUAGGAGAAGUAACACCACGCUGACAUUAGGAGUAUAAAUUUUCAAAAAGUGUGAGUCCAAGUGUGAAUUAAGUUUUCUGAGAUAUACAUGUAUAUUAAGAGUCAGCACCUUCUUUUAUAAUAUCUGAAGAUAAUAAAUUAAAAUAUAGCAUGCAAUGUUUCAGAAAUGUAGCUUAAAACAAGUGAUACUUCAACUUUCAAAGGCCAUUGCACUGAUAAUACCAUAGAGAAAUUUGUCAAUUUAUGCAGUUCAGUGCAGUGUAACUUUCCAAAAUAGUAUCAACUGGCUUAUUAAGAGUCAAUGAAUAGUACUCUUACAAAAAGUUCAGAACAAUCCAAGUUUUGUAAUUAAAGCAGUGUUUUAAACUACUGCAAUCUGCAGCUACUUUGAUUAUAUAUUUGAAAACAUUUUCUUUUUUGAAGAUAUUUAAAAAGCCUCUUGAUAUAUGAAAGACUUGGAACAUGGAAACAUCCAGUGCCUUUAAGCUCUUUGGAGUCAUAGAAGAGUCUUCUCUUGUGGACAAUAUCAAUAUUGCUUCUCAGAGGCCAGUUAAAUGUUUUGACAACUUGGUGAAGAAAUUUGAUUUCAACCUCAUUAUCAGUAACCCUAAGGGCUCUUCCAAUGUAAAACUUGGUGUCACACUAGAAAUCUGCACCAGAAAGCAAGAACCAAAAAAAGACAGCACUGAGAAACACUAGUUAGAGCAUGCUCAUUAAAACUGAAUUGUAAGGAGCAUGCUCUUUAUGGAAUACCCCAGAUACCACAGUUACAUGUACACCUAAGUUUAGUAUUGAUGUUAUGAUUGUCAGCUGAACCAAAAAAAGAGAAUUAACUUGUAAUUGGGCCUGAUUAAGAUAAAUUUAUCAGUUCUGACAAAGUCAAUUAUCAAAAGUUCAUAUUAAAUAAAUAAAAAUAUUCCCUUAUUCUUACCAGUGUAAGAAAAAGUUCCACAGCGUAAUGUGCGUAACAAAAAUUGUGUAAUGUCCAUAACAGGAAGUUUUACCUCAAACACAAAAUCUAAAUACAGAAUAAGGAAUACAACUAGAUUUUAAAGUUAUGCAAUCUGCACAAUGUGUUGAUGUGUUGUGUGUGUGUUCUCAUCUUUGUCCCCUGAAAUCAUAUGGAGGGUCACAUUUGGUCAGCCUUUGUGAAUCAUGGUGGUUUUUGUUGUUGUUGUUUUUGUUGUUGUUGUUUGUUGUUGUUUUUAAUUCUAGUUGACUUUUGAUAAUUAUAAAUGAAUAAAGGGGGUAUAAGUUUCUAAGGAAACUGUGGUACUGCCUUGAUGGGAGAGUGUACCAGGAUAAUUUAGUAUUAUCAGUUGAGUUGAUAAGAUUUAAAAAGAUGACAUUUUGAGUGUUAUAGCCCUUUUUCAGAGCAAACAAAUUGUCAGCUUUUAACCUCAUUGCAGAGGCGAAUUUACAUUUAUUUAUCAACUUGGCUGACAAUGAGAAAGUACUUUGAUACAAUUAUAUAAUGUUGCCGUUAAUACCACUUAUAACCUUGGGGCACCUGUUAGUGCCCUUAUUUGUGACUGUCAUUGUCUUUCAUAACUGAUAUAUAGUAACUGUUGUUCUGCUGCUUGUCUUUUCAGACUUUCUGACUUUAUCCUUGAUUCAAGGGUUAUUUUCUUGAACCCAGGAAACUCUAUACAAGGUAGGAGGACUGCUGCUCUUUUUUUCUCCCAUUUUUGAAACUUGCCUUUAUUUUGUCAAUCUGUAUUAACCCUUUAAUUGUCACGAGUGACCAAGACAGAAUUUCUCCUUACAAUAUCAACAAAAUAUCAACCAGAGAAGUGAUGAGAGUAAAGAAAUGUAUAAAUUUGGGGAUGAUUACAGUUGAUCCAAUAUUACUGUAAAUUCUCUGAACUAACCUUAUAAGAAUUGUAUGGUUUGGAGUAAGGAGAAUUACAAAUUUAUUGUGAGAGGUAAAGGGUUUACUUAACAAUUUAUUUGCAGGGAAUAAUUUUGUCCUGUUUGCAUAUGUUUAGAAUUCUGCAUGCUUUUAUUUCACUCAUAUCCAUGUAGUAUCAAUUAUUUUUUCUGGUAAUGUUAUGUCAAGAACUAUGCAUUAUAUUACUUACCUAAAGUAUUUAAUUAUGUUGUGAUCAAUGGUUGUGAUUAUGUUUGGCCACAAACAUGUGGAAAUACUCUUAGAAAAUGUUGCUGAAAUUAUGGUGGUCCUUUUAAUAUACUGCUGGUUGAAUUACUGUGUACAGUUAGGUUUGUGGAGUGCUUUAACUGUAUGUUGACUUAUGAAUAUUAACAUUUGAGAGACUCAAUUUUAUGCUGAUUGAGUCAUCUCUUUGGUUCCUGUGUUGGGUGGUAAUUUGGUCACUGAUUAAGACUUAUAAAUGUAUAUAAAAUCAAAGUUUAAGCUCCCCUCCUAAAACAGGAUUAUGGAAGAUCUUGUGCAGAAAUCUGGUUCCAUCCUUGACAAAGUACAUAUUAAUUGACCCCACAGUUACAUGUCUUGGGAAAUUAGUACAUUCUUGCAAAUUGUCUAUCAUAGGUUUUGCCAAGUUAAACCUAACUUAAGUCCUUCAAGAUAUCCUUUGGCAAUUAGCAGCUACCAUGUUGAUUUUGUGUAAAUUAUUUUUUUCAUGUGGAGAGGUAAUACUUCUGGUGAUGUUUGUAGCAUGUCAAAGCACAAAAUCUAACCCAAUGCUGGAUGAAUCAUGAAGAUCAUGUAAACAAUCCAACACAUUCAAGAUAUUCAUAAAUUGCCAUUACAUAAAGCCAUUGAUGGCCAAGAAGGGCUGUUUAUUUUUGUCCAAUGAAAAGUGUAUGAAAAUAGCUGGCACGCUGAAAGGUUUCAAAUGACUUCAGUAAGACACAAUUGUAUUCCUUAAGUCUCACCAGAGCAACAAAACUAACAGAACUCAACAUAUAGAAGAACUUGCAGAUAGGAUUUUUUCCAAAAUGGGUGUACUUUGUAAAUGAGAGCAAGUGCAACUGGCUUGCUAAGAGUCAAUGAAUAGUACUCUUACGAGCAUAUAACCACUUAUAACCUCGGGGCACCUGUUAGUGCCCUUAUUUGUGACUGUCAUUGUCUUUCAUAACUGAUAUAUAGUAACUGUUGUUCUGCUGCUUCCAUUUUUUUGAAACUUGCCUUCAUUUUGUCAAUCUGUAAAUAACCCUUUCACUCCAAUGAGUGACCAAGACAGAAUUUCUCCUUACAAUAUCAACACAAUAUCAACCAGGUACAUGUAAGUGAUGAGAGUGAAGAAAAAUAGAAAUUUGGGGAUAAUUAGUUGAUCCAAUACUAAAUUCUCUGAACUAACGAAACAAGAAUUGUACGGUUGGGAGAAAGGAGAAUUACAAAUUUGAUGUAGGAAUUAAAGAGUUAAUAAUUUAUUUGCUGGGAUUAAUUGUGUCCUGUUUGCAUAUGUUUAAAAUUCUACACGCUCUCAUUUCUUUUAUAUCCAUGCGAGUAUUAAUUUUUUUGCCUGGUAAAGUUAUGUUGAGAACUAUGCAUUAUAUUAAUUACCUAUUUAAUUAUGUUGUGAUUGAUGGUUGUGAUUAUGUUUGGCUACAAACAAGUGGAAAUACUCUUAGAAAAUGUUGCUGAAAUUCUGGUGGUCCUUCUGAUAUACUGCUGGUUUAAUUACUGAGUACAGCUGGGUUUGUAGAGUGCUUCAAUUAACUGUACGUUGACUUAUGAAUAUUAACAUUUAAGAGACUUGAUUUUGGAUCACUGUCAAAUCAAAGUUUUAAGUGCCCCUCCUAAAACAGGAAUAUGGAACGGAUCUUAUGCAGAGAUCUGGUUCCAUCCUUGACAAAGUACAUAUGGAUUAGCAAUUAUCACCCCAUGCUUGCAUGUCUUGGGAAAUUAGUACAUGCAUGCAAAGUGUCUAUCAUAGGUUUUGCCAAGUUAAACCUAACUUAAGUCCUUUAAGGUACCCUUUGGCAAUUAGCAGCUACCAUGGUGAUUUUGCAUAAAUUUUUUUUUUCAUGUGGAGAGGUUACUUUUGAUAGUAGUAAUGGAUGUUGAAGCACAAAGUCUAACCCAGUGCUGGAUGAAUCACGAAGAUCAUGUAAACAAUCCAAAAUGUUCAAGAUAUUCAUAAAUUGCCAUUACAUAUAGCCAUUGACAGCCAAAACAUUUGUGUAAAAGUAUAUUUCAUCGGAUGGCGAGAGCAAUUUUAACAAGAUGGUAAAAAUAACCAAAACCAUCAUGACCUAUUCUAUUUUACAACUGCCUCAAUAGUGAAAUUUAAAAUAUUUCAUAUCCAGCCCAAUCAUGAAUUUUUGGGAUAAGGAGACCCUAAAUUUUUUGAAAAAUAGUAAUCUGAAAGUUGACUUUGGGGGAAAUGGCCAAGAGAGCUGUUUAUUUUUGUCCAAUGAAAAGUGUAUGAAAAUAGCUGGCAUGCUGAAAGGUUUGAAGUGAUUUAAGUAAGACACAUGUAUUCCUUAAUCUCACCAGAGGAACAAAACUAACAGAACUCAACACAAAGAAGAACUUACAGAUGAGAUUUUUUUCAAAAUGGGUGUACUUUUGUAAAUGAGAGCAAGUAACAUUAUUUUGUUAUGGACAUUACAUAAUGUCUGUAACAAAAAUUACCAAAAUCCUGGAAAAAGGCAAGAAAAAUAAAGCCCACUUUAUGUUAUGGACAUUAUAUUACAGACAUUACAUUACGGACAUCACAUUAUAGACAUUAUGGACAUUAUGACUGUAUGACUUUAAUUAUGGUAAUUCUUUUGGGAGAAAUAAAUGCUACAUGCAUACCAAUUUUGUUCAAAUUUAUCACAUCUAAGUUUUCAGUGUUUUUGACUAAACACUAAUGACAAUAACCAUAACAACAACUGUACAUUAGCAGUAGCAACACCACACUGACAUGAGGAGUAUGAAUUUUCAAAAAGUUUGAGUCCAAGUGUGAAUUAAGUUUACUGAAAGACAUAUCGUAUUUAGAGUCAGUACCUUUUAUAAUAUCUGAAGAUAACAAAUUAAAAUGUAGCAUGCAAUGUUUCAGAAAUGUAGCUUACAACAAGCAAUACUUCAACUUUCAAAGGCCAUUACACUGAUAAUACUAUAGAGAAAGUUGUCAAUUCAUACAGUUCAGUGCAGUGUAACUUUCCAAAAUGGUAUCAAAUGGCUUAUUAAGAGUCAAUGAAUAGUACGCUCACAAAAAGUUCAGAACAAUCUAAGUUUAGUAAUCAAAGCAGUGUUUAACUACUGCAAUCUGCAGUUAUAAAUUUGAUCAUUUAUUUGCAAACAUCUCUUUGAAGAUAUUUAAAAAGCCUCUUGAUAAAUGAAAGACUUGGAACAUUGAAAUGUCCAAUGCCUUUCAGCUCUUUGGAGCCACAGUAGACUCUUCUCUUGUGGACAAUAUCAAUAUUGCUCCUUAGAGGCUAGUUAAAUGUUUUCACAACUUGAUGAAGAAAUUUGAAUUCAACAUCAUUAUCAGUAACCCUAAGGGCUCUUCCAAUGUAAAAUUGAGUGUCACAUUAGAAACCUGUACUGUGAGUGUUUAUUAUUUUGCCUGGUAUUUAUGUUAUAUCAAGAACUGUACAUGAUAUUAAUUACCCAUUUAAUUAUGUUGUGAUUGAUGGCUGUGAUUAUGUUUGGCUACAAACAUGUGGAAAUACCAGAAAUAGUUAUCUUAAUAUAAAAAUGGUAAUGGCAUUGGUACAAUUUUGGGUCUGUUCAUGGAACUGCAGGUGUUGUAUGAUGAUCAAACAGUAAAGUAUGCACUAAUUUUUACUGGUUUUGAUCAAUAUUCUACCAAAAUGAAGUUGCUGUGAUGCACAUUACAUAGAUUAUCUACUUUUGAGAGUGGAGGUGUAUGAUAUUCUUUGGAAGCUCUGCAGUUAAGUGUUUGUCUGGUUGCUGUCAUUAUUGUAGGGCGCUGCAGUGGCUAAGAGAAGUUUCAUGCGAGUGUAUAUAUUGACCAUUCUUGCAUGUGAGUCCUGGUGAUUGCAUGUAUGGAGCUUUUCAGUUUUAUUAAUUGAAGUAGUUGCCUCAGGGCAGCUAGCAGAGAGUUUUUUUUUCUCUCAGAUAUAACUGACUUGUGGGCUGUGUUCUGCAGAUUUGUAUGGUGCUUAGUGUUUUGGUGAAGUGUUAGGGAAACCUAAUUUUAUGGUGAGAGAUUUUUUCACUUGUGGUUGAUCUGACUUAUACUUGUAUGCAUUAUGUUAAAGGAGAUUGCGCACUGGUUUUUAUCAAUUAUGCAAUUGUUGGUCACCCGCUUAUAGAGCAGUACGCGAUGUAUUUAAAAUCCCCAAAUAGGUGUGUUGCAUGGUGCUUGUGGAUGAUGAUCAUUUUAGUUUAUCACCCUCUACAAUGUUGUUUCAAGAUUAUUAUCAAUAGUUUCUCCUUGUGGUUGUGGUGAUGGAUAAUGCCUCAGUAAUGUUGCUACAGUAUAACAACUGCUAUUUUGAAAUUUCUAUGGUCAUUCUAGGAGUGGCCAAUUGAAGGAUGCGUAUUACUCAGUCUGAUCAUGCAAUUGUAUAGAUGUAUAUCUUUCUUUGUAAAAGGAUCUUGGUAACCAUAUGCCCAAGAUUGUCUGGUUGAUUAUUUAAGGUGCUAGGUGAUGAGAGAUUUGAACUUCCAAGCACUGCAACCCCAGGUGCUAGCUGUGUUUAGAUGUUUGUUUUGCUGUAAAUAAUUAUGGGUCAGGGGCAGCUAGAAAAUAUGGCUAUGGCAUUGGUGCCAAAUGGAUAGUAAUGCUGCACUUAUCCUUAUAAUAGUGGCCAGAGCUUCUUUUUACUGUUGGACUUUGUAAUUGUUUGAAAGUGGUGGUGUAUACCAAGGCUGCAGUUUAUUUUGAUGUCUAGGGCUUUGUUCGUGUAAGGAUUAAUGCACUGGAACACCAAUUGGAGAUGUAAAAUAUAAGUGUCACUCAUGCCAAAUUAAUCUAUUGGGUAGAUAAUUUACAACUGAAGGUUGUUAGUGAGAAAAUUUACUAAUUAAUUUACUAACUUAUUUCGGUUGACAGAAUAAUGAAUGUCAGUGGUUGACGACCUGCCAGCAGUUUGUGGUAGGGGUGCUAGAUAUGAACCUAGUAAUAAAUGGCCUUGCUCACCAUAGAUCUAUAGUUGCUGGUACUGGCUUAGUGGAGGCUGGAAUUGGCUGAAGGUCUAAAAUUCAACUUCUCAUGGGGAUUCUGAUUUUCUUCUUUGUCUCAUGUACAUGACAGGGCAUAAAAAUAUCUUUCUUCUGGUAAAAUAAUGUUUACCAAACCAUUGGAAAAUCUCUCAGCAGAAUUAAGCUCCAUUGUUAGAAAUUAUAUUCCUACUGGCCUCAUGAGAGUGCAUGGUGAUUGGGUGAUGCUUGUGCAGGUCUGUUGCAUACUUGUGAUCACAUUUAGCUGCUUUUUCAUUGCAGUUUCAGUUGCAGAUGGAGGUUGCAUCCCCUUCCUUUUGAUGCUGCAUGUAGAACAAGGUUGUUUGUUGAGUUUCUUUGCCCUUAUUGUAUUGGUAACUGCAAGAGGUGGAUUUUUCUGUUAGACACACACAUUUUUGCCAGUGGACACAUUUUUUUCAUGAAGGUGAUAAUAUCACGGAGAAUUUUAAGUCUGUUGACUUAGAUGUUAUUGUUUCGGAGUUUAAUGAACUGAGAAACCACGUUUUGUACCGGUACAUGAGCUUCAAUGACUCUGUAUUGUAUUGGUGACAAUUAGAGUUACCUUCAUCUGGUAGAGUUAGUACAUAGCUUAAAAAGGUGCAUUUCAUAUCAGUGACUGUGCAAUCUGUUUCUAGGGCUGUACUGGUCUAAUCAUCAAUAAGUAGAGAAACCAUGAAUUGACGGAGUUUUAGAAGUGCUUUUAAUGUCUCCAGGUGCGAUAGUGAAAUGGCGACUAGGGAGGAAAUCUUCAAAUUCCUUUUAAGCUGCUCCUCCAUCCAGGAAUAUGGGUGCUGGGAGGGAGACCUGGUGUCAUGUUGGGUGACAUACCUGUAAGGAAUUACAUUUAGUUUUGCACUGAAAGGAAUGAUUAAUACCCGGUAUUGCCUAAUCCCAUGAAAAUUGGGAUAGUUAGGGUGUGUAGCGUGAGUUUUGGCAAGUUGACCCAUAAGCAGUCUUUCUAAAUGGUGCCUUCUUGCUGUAGGCUGCUAUUUAGUGAUUGUUCUAAGCACCGUGACCUGAAGUAAUAUAAUUUCCGUAUUUGUUGUGUUGGUAUUUCCUGGUGUAGUCACGGAGUUGGUCUAUUAACUGACCUGGUAACAGACUGAUUCCCAUAUUGACGACAAUUUUUCACUAGCAUAGUGUAGUUUGCUUCUGAUUAUGUAGUUUUUGUCCUUGUUGGAAUGGUGAUGGAUGAUGCUUUUGUAAUCAUUCUUCAAGUGACCAAGUUGUAGCAGUGAUCUUUGCAGGGUGGUAAAUGGAGGUUGUGCAGUCUUGCUUUAAUGUUUCACUGUAAUUUAUAUAUUUGUGUCUGCUUGUGGAUCGUUUUAGAGCUAUGGAGGUUUUUAAGGUUUAGGUAUAAUGGUUACGCUGGCAAUGAUUGCUUUUAUUAUUAAAUACUUCUUAAGCGAAAUAGGGUAUUAUUAUUAUUCUCCUAAAUUUUAACAUUGUUCCUCUUUUUAGAUUAGUUUUUUAUCUUAGCAGUAUAGUAUAUAUCAUUUAAUUAUUUUAGUGAUUUGUAGGUCCACAUCAGCCUUCCUGGCUGCCAAUUUGUAACCUGCAUUACCAAAUAAAAUGAUGAUAAUGAUGAUGAUUAAGAAUCAAACGUCAACCAGCCAGAACUGACCGGUUUUAAGGCCCUAGAGAGGAAAUACAAACUCAUUUCCCUUAACCUUUCAAAUCGCUUCUCAUUUCUGCUGUUUAUGUCUCUGGUUGUUUGUAAACUGAAAACAAAAAACUCUUCCUUAAUCUAAAAACUGAUUUGAAAUGAAAAAUCUCAGAUUAAAUCUCUUAUUAGGUUCUUUCGUUGGUGUUCCUUGCUCAAGAGGUCUCAAUUGGCUAUCGGGAGUUUUUUUUUUCGAAUGGGUUUGAUUAACAUUACUUAAUGUCAAUUCUCUGUUUGACAGGUCGUCCUGGAAAAGUUAGAAUUAUGGCUACAGCUAUUUCGCCAUUUGCGUCUACGAAAGAGACUACCAACUAUGCAAGGCUAUGCCGCCUCCUGGUGGAUGUUGGAUCUCAGGUGCUUCGGUCCACUUUCGACAAAAUACAUCCACCAGCGACUCUACAUACAGUUUUGGGAAGAACCUCAGUGCAUUACGCCACAUUGCAAUCACUGUACAAAGGGAGGAAGAAAGUGCUGAAUCCUACGCAGUGGGGAAAGUUGUACCCUACUCACAAAGCCGUGUCUUCUAAAGACUUCGACAUCACACUGCUAACAGUGCUGCUUAGAAAUAUCUGUAGUCUGCGCACUCCUACCAAGGGAUGGAAUGAGCUUCCCCUAGCUACAGACAUACGCACCGAAGAUGACAUCGCCAGAGUGAAGUAUUACAGGAACACUGUAUACGGCCAUGCUCCUCAAGCCUCUGUGGAUGACAGUAGUUUCAGUGCUUACUGGCAGGAAAUACGAGAAGCUUUGGUGAGACUGGGAGGAGCUCAUUUUAGAGCUAAAAUCGACAAUCUUGAGCACGACUGCAUGGAUCCAGUUAUCGAGGAGCAUUAUCGUGAACUGAUGAAACAAUGGAAGAAAGACGACGACAGCAUCAAAGACAAGCUUGAAGAAAUUGAAGGUAAGAAAAACAUUGUCCACUGCCAAUGUGGAUGAAUUUGAAGGCUACAAAAGUAUAUAUUUUCAGUUAACACAGCAGUGCAGGCUAGCUCAUGAAGUUUUCAUUUUGGUUGGAACUAGUCUUAUAUUUGGAAGGUAUUUUUUGCGUCAUGUGUGAAAAAUGAAGAAUUAACCCCAAUGUUGACACUGUGUGUUCAUUUGCAGUAUUUUGGUCUGUUCGUGGGUACUCGUGUACAACUGCUGUAGGGCAUUUUUGUGAUUUCUAAGCGUCCUAUUGAGUUUGAUCUGUUCGGAAUCGACUAGAUAUUGAAUUAGAUUUUAUUGUUUUAUCUGCACCUAAACGUGAAGCAGUGAUAUAAAUUUGCUUAUGAAAAUGCGCAUACCUUUUGAAAUUUUCAGAUAUGCUGGAAAACAUGAGAAGCAUUAUGGACAGGAGAGAGAUUGAUAUGAAAGAGGUGAAAGAAAAGCUUACUAGUCUGACGGCCUCAGUUGAAAAAAGCACACAAGAAGGUUAGUUGGUAGAAAGAGCUACUCAAAAAAAAAAGUUAUGAAGAGCGUCACUGUUUUUUUGAGCAAAUGACCCAGCUCUUGUGCAUGAUGACGGUAAUCACUGGAUGUCGGCCAACACAGCAUACUUUGGUACUUUACUGAUAUAAAGGCACACCCUGGCCACCACUCACACUGGCUAUACAUGAAGAUACUCUAUAGUGUGUGGGAUGCCACGGAAUGUGAGAUAUUCUGCCCUGGCUACCUCUAGGAUUUGAUGGUGUUUUGACAGCACUCAUACAUAUGUAUGAUCGUAGUUAUCGUCUCUUUUUUUCGUAUCACCUUUCUCGUAAUGAAUCUUACUUCCUAGUAGCGUUAGAUGUGACCCACAUACUUCUCAAUAAAAUAACCAAAUCCUUCCUGCGCUCAUAUUGUGGAGUAUUCAAUUCUACAUGGGAAAAUAGUUUAAUGAGGAUCCCCUUGAGUAAAAUGGGUUAGAACAAGAUGUAUGUGGUUAUUUUACAAUUCCUAAGGAAAAGACUGCAGGCAAAACCUCCCACUCCAUUGCAGACGGGUCUCUAGGUUUCCUCUGCGAUUUUUUUUUUUGCCUGAUGAAACACAGGAAUGCAGGGUAACUCAUGUUUUCAUUUUGGUUGGAACUAGUCACAUAUUUGGAACGUUAUUCUAGCGUUAUGUGUGAAAAAAUUUAAAAAAAAACAACAACAACAACACAGGAAGGGAAAAGGAUCUAUUUAGUUAACUUUUAAUGAAUAUAGCGACUCUCACUCGGACUAAAAGUUCCAAUGUUAUUCAUCGAAAGGGUCUGUUAAGAAAAUGAUAGGCGAAAUGGCAAAGAUGGACAGCGAACUGAAAGAAGUGAAGGAAAAGCUGUGUACUUUGACAGUCUCAGUGGAAGAAAGCAAGGAUGAAGGUCAGUUGAAUUACACAAUAAAAGUUAUCCUGCUUAACCGCAAAUUUCGCCGUAGUCAACAUGGCCUGUAUGUGAGAGAGGGAGAUAUCAUCCUAUGUUAAAGAGAUUCAGUUUUUCAAUUUAGACAAUCUCUGGAAUAAUCUCUACGGUGUGCUUUCAUUCCCCCCAAUUGUUCAAACUUUCACCCGUAAUUAGCCUGGAAAACUUUAUAUUUUGAUUAGAGUGGAGAACGAAAUGAAACGAAGUACAGUUUUAACGAAAACAUUGGCAUUAACAUUGGCUCGAUGUUAGAAAUUAACAGAGCAGGUUCCACUGCAUUUACAAGCCAAAUAGCUUUUGGUCAGUAAAUUGACAUGAAUCAUACAUUGAUACCUUUUUCAUCGUCCAAGUAAUUUCUUUGGCAGUGGUGUCGUUCGCUAAUUUAAAUUCAGUGCCGAAUACCUAGUAGCAUUAGAUGUAAUCCGCAUAUUUCUGAAUAAAAUAACUAAACCCUUCCUACGCUCAUAUUGUGGAGUUUUCAAUUCUACAUGGGAAAAUAGUUGAAUGAGGAUCGUCUUGAGUAAAAUAGGUUCAUAAGGAAAAGACUGUAGGAAAAACCUCCCACUUCAUCGCAGGCGAGCCCCCGGUUUUCUGCAGCACUUUUGAUGAAACCGCGUGACAAAGAAGGCACAAAGGCGUUGUUUGGUUUCCAUUUAUUUGUUCGUAGUCUCGGUAAAUCCCGAAAAAGCCUUUCUCAGACUACGGUAGUCUACGGCUCCAAUGAUAUGAAUAUUUAUCUCCCGAGUAAUUUAUUUUACGACAGAGUUUCACUGUCAGCCGAACAAACAGAGUAGGUUUACCUGAAUUCAUAAUCUAAAUGGCUUUUAAUCAGUAAGCAUGAAUCAUACACUAAAAGCUUUUUGCAUCGUCCAAGUAAUUUCUUUGGCAACGGUAUCGUACUCAUUCACUUAUUUAAAUCCAGUGCCGAAUACCAGAGAGGCACCACAAUUUUUAAUGCUGCAUUCAUUAGAUUUCUUACUUAUUUUGCUACUGCUAGGUAUUUUUGAUCCGACUGAGCUUAUCAAUGGAAUUCGCCAGCUUUACAAGACUCGCGAGGGAUGGCUCUCACCAUUUCCAUGGUGUGAAGAGUUUCAGUUUUUUCUUGGAAAUAUUUUUACACGGCUCAAAGUGGUCAGAAGAAAGAAAACGAGAGGAGAAAUCAGUAACGUAUUUGUUGACAUGUCGUCAAUACUAGACCCGUACGAAGAGUGUUCAGCGCCGAGAACAGUGUUGAUUGAAGGAGAACCUGGUAUGGGAAAAACCACCUAUUGUAAAAAGUACGCCUACGACUGGGCCACAAAACAGCAAGAACCUCAGGGCUGCGGCUCAACAGCAUUUAAAGUGGUAUUGUUACUGAAAUGUCGAGAUAUCCAUUCUGACGUUUGGGAAGCUAUUGAUGAUCAGCUUCUGCCCCGAGACAUCGAUGAAGAAGUCAAACAACAAUUCUUUCAUUUUAUUCGUGCAAAUCAGUCCAGCAUUUUAUUGAUAUUGGAUGGAUUGGAUGAGUUACCGUCCAGUAAAUUGUCGAUGUUUUCCGAAUUAAUUGAAGGAAGAGUGCUCCCCAAAUGCCACAUAGUUGCAACAGCAAGACACGAAGCUGGAAAAGAGGUGAGAAAAUGUUGUGACGUGCUGCUUCAGAUCGAAGGAUUUACUGAAGAGCAUGUGAAAGGAUUUGUCACCAAGUACUUUUAA